AUGAGCCACCAAAUUGAGUAUCGGUCGGGUUCUCCACAUAGGAGAGCUCAAGAUGACUAUUCCCGCUAUCAACACAAACUGACCGGAUCCCCCUCGGCGUCCAGGACCGUUAUAGGCUUUGAGUCGGCUACCGCAUUUAUGAACAGAGGAUAUGCGACGACGCCGAAGAGCGAAUUCGGAUCGGUUCCGAGAUCGGAUAUAUUUUUAGAUUUAUCAAACACGUUUACCGGGGUGUUGACGAAAAUGAAUGAGAAAGAACUGCUCCAUGGGCUGAACGGCCGUUUCAGCGGGUUCAUCGAGAAGGUGCGUCAUUUGGAGCACCAAAAUGAAUUGCUCGAGAGGGAAAUCGAGGAAAUCAAACAGAAGGCACAGUCCCCCGCAUCUCUGGCACAGGAGCACGAGUCGGAGCUUAUGGAUCUGAGGAAACUAGUGCAUGACAUCACCCUUCAGAAGCGUCAGAUCGUGAUAGAACAUCAGAACCUGGAGGAAGACUUCCUCACCUUGAGAGACAAGUACGACCAGGAGGCUCGUGAACGCUCGGAUGCAGAGAAAGUCAUCCUGGUGCUGAAAAAGGACGCCAACGACGCAUACCUGGCAAAACUUCAGCUGGACAAGAAAGCGCAGUCUCUGGUGGACGAGAUUCACUUCCUGAAGAAAAACCACGAGGACGAGGUGUUGGAGAUGGUGGCCCAGAUCCACGAGUCUCAGGUGACGGUCGAGGGGCACGCCUUUGCAAAACCCGAUAUCACUGCGGCUCUCCGGGACAUCCGUGCACAGUUGGAAGGUCACGCCGCCUCCGACAUCCUUGAGGCCGAGGAGGGUUUCCGUGUCCAGUUCACAAAGUUGACAAAAGCGGCAGAGAGCAACAGAGAGGCGCUGAAGGCAACACAGCAGGAGAUCCAGGAGAACAGAAGGCGCUUCCAAGGGAAGAACAUUGAACUGGACUGCGCGAAAGGAACGAGAGAGGCCCUGGAAAAACAACUACAUGAGCUGGAGGAGCGUCACUAUUCGGAAAUGAUUAAUUACCAGGACACUGUCAGGCAGCUGGAGAAUGAGCUGACUAAUGCUAAACUAGACAUGUCUGGCCACCUGAGAGAGUACCAGGACCUGCUGAAUGUCAAAAUGGCUUUGGAUGUGGAGAUUCUCUCUUACAGGAAACUCCUGGAGGGUGAGGAGUUCCAUCUGUCCACCAUCUCUGACACCCACAUCUCCAUGCCCUACAUCUACCGCCAGUCCCCUGUCUACACCCUUUCUUCCCUGGCCCGGCAGGGAGGGCCCACACGCAGGUCUGAGCCCCAGUACAAGUUUGUAGAGGAGAUCAUCACUGAGACCACCAGAGAGGUGGAGUCCGAGUUUGAGGAGACAGGCUCUGAGGAGACAGGAGAGGGAGAGAAGGAGGGAGAGGAGAGUGACAAAGCUGAGAGGAGGGGUAAGGAAGAGGAGGAUGAGGAGAAAGGGGAAGAUGUAGGUAAAGUGGAUCUUAAAGUGGAUGCCCCAGAGGAAGAGGGGGAACAGGAGGAAGACGAGGGAGAAAAUGGAGAGGAAGGAGAUGACAAAGGAGAGGAGGACAUUGACACAGGUGACAAUACACAAAGUGAAGUCAAAUCAGCUAAGGCCACCAGUGAGGAAGAGAAGGAAAAACUGGACACAACAGAGGAGAUAGACGGUGAGAUAAAAGAUGUGGGGGAGCCAUUAGAAAAAGAUAACACCCCAAAACAUGACAAGUCCCUUCCAGUGGUUCCCAUGAAGGGUGACAUCUCCAUAGAACCCAAAACGUCCGAGGAUAUUCAAACAGAAAGUUCAAUAAAGGGUGAACCACAGGUCCCCACAGAGGACAUCUCCAAAGAGCCCAAAAAGGUGUCAGAGAGCAAAAAAGAAAGCCCAUCAAAAGAGAAAAAAGAGGUAGAUCUGAAAGAGCAGAGCGCCAUAGCAUUGGAGCAGAAGCCUGAUCAGAAGGCGCACAGAGUAUCAGACCAACUUCAAGAGGCAGAGAGUGCUGUGGCAACACAAGAAGAGGAUCUCCCUGAGCCCACAGAGAAGGACAUGAAAUCCCCUGAUAUCACUGCUGAGCUGAAAAACAGCUCCACCAAGGAGACAUGGGGACAGGUGAAGUCAUCAGAUGAUUCUGGUGUAAAAACUACACAGGAUGACAAAACGGUAGGAGGUAAAAUUUCAGCCGGACUUCCCAGCACAACAACUGAGUGUGAGGAAGAGCCUGUGCCAAAGACCCCUGAAAAGGAGGUGGGUCUGACAGAGCCAAAAAUGAGCAGCAAGGAUGAUAGUGUAAAAACUGUUGAGCAGAAUGAAUCUAAUGGCAGUGAAAAUUUCACAAAUGAUAUCUCAACAGCUGAGGAAAAAGUGAAAGAAUCUGAUAAAUCCUCUAAACUAGACACAACUAUCUCCCCUAAAGAGGAAACAACCCCACAACCAGAGCCAACCAUCACCCCCAAAGAAGAAACAUCCCCAAAAAUGGACCCAAUGGUCACCCCCAAGUACGAGACAGCACCUAAACCAGACCCCACAGUCACAACUAAAGAAACAUCACAAUCAGACCCAACCAUUACCCCUAAAGAAGAACCAUCCCCUAAACCAGAACCAGCAGUCACCCCUAAAGAAGAAACUUCCCCAAAACCAACCCUAAAUAUCACCCCUAAAGAAGAAACUUCACCAAAAUCUGAACCAGCAGUCACCCCUAAAGAAGAAACUUCCCCAAAACCAGCCUCAAACGUCACCACUAAAGAGGAGACCUCCCCUAAACCAGAAUCAACCUUCACCCCAAAAUAUGAAAUAUCCCCUAAACCAGCCCCAACCGUUACCCCUAAAGAAGAAACAUCAAAACCAGCCCCAAUCAUCAAACCUACCGAGAUCACCCCUAAAGAUGAAAUAUCCCCUAUAUCAAACUUAAUCAUUACCCCAGAAUCAACGACCACCCCUACAGAGAGUGAAACGAUCAGCAGUGGUGGCAAAGCUGAGACUGCCACACCACCAGAGAAACAAGUGCCUGCCGUUGCAAAGAGCAAGGACUCACACAGAGAGGCGCCAGAGAGCAGCACAACUCAGGCGAAACCAGAGGAAAGUACGGCUAAAGAGCCUGAGAAGGUUACGGAUCCCAACGAUGAAACCCCAAAGACAGAGAACGUGAAGACCAAGGCCUUUGAGGAAAAACCUGAACAUGUGGAGAUAUCUAUUACAAAGACAUCGCCAGUGAAAGAACAGGAUGUAUCAGCCAUGGGUUUGAAAGAGAAAACUGUUGACAGGAAGACAACAGAAGGGGCACAAUCUAAAAUAGACGAGAAAGGCUUUACAGGAGUUGAUGAAGAGAGCAAAGAUGACAAAACUGCGAAGAAGACAUCAACAGGGCAAGCUACUCAGCCAACUGCAGAAAAGCAAGCUAAACCUAAAACAUGGGACUUAACCUCUUUUUAG